GUAGAAAUAAUUAAAACCUACCACUAACAAAUGGAACUGUUUCGGGCAGACAAACUGUACUUGGUCCUAAAUUAAUAUGCUGUUUUUUGCAAAGAAUUUGUUCACAUCCAAGCUUGAUGAUUAAAAAAAAAGAGAGAAAAAAGAGUAGCAAUGAAAUACUUUCCCAUGCUUCUAUUCUGCUCCUCUUUGUUGUUAAUUAUAGAAAGUUCCACUGCAAUUGAUACCAUAAAUACAACUCAGCUUGUUAGAGAAGGUGAUACCAUUGUUUCAGCAGGCGGAACCUAUGAAUUAGGAUUUUUCAGCCCAGGUAAAUCGAAAAACCGGUACUUGGGGAUAUGGUAUAGCAAAAUAUCUGUGCAGACUGCAGUUUGGGUUGCCAACAGAGAAACUCCACUUAAUGACUCAUCAGGAGUAAUUUUAAGGCUUACCAACCAAGGAAUCCUUGUUCUUCUCAAUCGGAGUGGGAGCUUGAUAUGGUCUUCUAACAUAUCCAGACCUGCGAAGAAUCCAGUUGCACAGCUUUUGGAUUCAGGAAAUCUUGUUGUGAAAGAGGAGGGUGAUGAUAACUUGGAAAAUUCCUUGUGGCAGAGUUUUGAACAUCCAGGUGAUACGUUCAUGCCAGACAUGAAGCAAGGACGGAAUAGAAUAACAGGCAUGGACUGGUACAUGACAUCAUGGAAGUCACCUGAUGAUCCUUCCAGAGGUAAUAUUACAUAUAUACUUGUUCCUUAUGGAUAUCCUGAGAUUCUUGUGAUGGAGGAUUCGAGGGUGAAGUAUCGGUCUGGUCCAUGGAAUGGUAUGCGGUUCAGCGGGACGCCUCAUUUAAAACCAAAUCCCGUAUACACAUUUGGAUUUGUUUUUAACGACAAGGAGAUAUUUUACAGAUAUCAUCUUCUUAAUAGCUCUAAACUUUGGAGGGUCGUGGCAAGUCAGAAUGGUGAUAUCGCCAACUUUGUUUGGGUUGAUAAAACACAAAGUUGGCUGCUUUAUGGCACAGCAAAUACAGAUAAUUGUGAACGAUAUUCACUAUGCGGUGCGAAUGGCAUCUGUAGUAUAAGCAACUCUCCAGUGUGUGAUUGCUUGAAUGGAUUUGUUCCAAAAAUUAAAAAAGACUGGGAUGCAAUGGAUUGGUCAAGUGGCUGUGUUAGAAAGAUUCCUCUAAAUUGCUCUGGAGAUGAGUUUCGAAAGCUGUCUGGUGCCAAGUUGCCUGAGACAAAAACAUCAUGGUUCAACAAGAGUAUGAAUCUUGAGGAGUGCAAGAGCACAUGCUUGAAGAAUUGCAGCUGCACCGCAUAUUCAAAUUUGGACAUCAGGGAUAGAGGAAGUGGGUGCUUGCUCUGGUUUGGUGACCUGAUUGAUAGUAGAAUUUUCAUUGAAAAUGAGCAAGACAUUUAUAUACGGAUGGCUGCAUCAGAACAAGAUGAUGGUGAUGCUGCAAAGGUUAAUGCUAAAUCCAAUGUGAAGAGAAGGAUCGUGGUAAGCACUGCAUUGUCUACAGGAGUUCUGGUACUUAUCGUAGCAGUGGUCUUGUAUGUUUGGAAAAGGAAGCAGCAGAAAAACAGAAACAUGUCAGGUGGUUUGGGAAGAAGUUCAAAUUACAAGCACAAGAAAGAAGCUCUGGAAUUACCGUUGUAUGAUUUUGAUACCAUGGCUUUUGCAACCAGAAACUUUUCAGACGAAAAUAAACUGGGAGAAGGGGGCUUUGGACUUGUUUAUAAGGGGACUUUGAAAGAUGGACGAGAAAUGGCGGUGAAGAGGCUCUCUAAAAAUUCAAGACAAGGACUUGAUGAGUUCAAAAAUGAAGUCAAGAAUAUUGUGAAGCUUCAGCACCGGAAUCUCGUGAAGCUUCUAGGAUGUUGCAUUGAAGGAGAGGAAAAGAUGUUGAUCUACGAGUUUUUGCCUAACAAAAGCUUGGACUUCUUUAUUUUCGAUGAAGCAAAAAGCUUACUUCUAGAUUGGCCUAAGCGCUACCACAUUAUCAAUGGGAUUGCUUGCGGACUCCUUUACCUUCAUCAAGAUUCAAGAUUAAGAGUAAUUCAUAGAGAUCUGAAAGCCAGCAAUGUUUUAUUAGAUUACGAGAUGAAUCCAAAAAUUUCAGACUUUGGCCUGGCUAGAUGUUUUGGAGGAAAUGAAACUGAAGCCAACACAAACAAAGUGGCUGGUACAUAUGGCUACAUAUCCCCAGAGUACGCAAAUUAUGGACUCUACUCGCUAAAAUCUGAUGUCUUCAGCUUUGGUGUAUUGGUGCUAGAGAUAGUAACUGGGUACAGGAACAGAGGGUUCUGCCACCCAGACCACCAACUCAACCUUCUUGGGCAUGCUUGGAGACUGUUUAAAGAAGGCAGGCAUGUGGAGCUGGUUGGGGGAUUAAUAUUUGAAACUUGCAAAUUAUCUGAAGUUCUACGGUCGAUUCACAUAGGUCUAUUAUGUGUGCAAGAAAAUGCAAAAGAUAGGCCGAACAUGUCACAGGUGGUUUUGAUGCUGGGUAAUGAAGAUGAAUUGCCUCAGCCUAAACAUCCAGGUUUUUUUACUGAAAGGGAUCUUAUUGAAGCAAGCCAUUCAUCAAGUCAGAACAAACCAUGUUCUGCAAACGGAUGCUCGGUCUCACUGUUAGAGGCACGGAAUUCCCACUACUCUAAUUCAUCACUUGCUCGCCAAAAUCAAUUUAAAAGAAAGAAACAAGUUUACUCAAGCAUUGCCUUAACAAAGUUCAUUGUCGGAAAAAUAAUGAGAGCAUCUGUGGACAGCAUUUCUAAACUUCUUUAUAUCACCAUUUUGUUGCUGAUCACAACGAUAUCCACUGCAGUUGACAUCAUAAAUACAACUCAAUCUAUCAGAGAUGGAGGCAGUAUGGUCUCUGCUGAUGGAAGCUUUAAAAUGGGAUUUUUCAGCCCAGGAAGCUCCAAAAACCGAUACUUGGGAAUAUGGUACAACAAAGUAUCUGUCAUGACUGUAGUUUGGGUUGCCAACAGGGAAAUCCCCCUCAUCAAUUCAUCAGGUGUGUUAAAGAUUACAGGCGAGGGGAUUCUAGAACUUCUCAAUCAAAAUGAGAGCAUCAUUUGGUCUACAAACUCAUCAAGGUCUGCAAGAAAUCCAGUUGCACAGCUAUUGGAUUCAGGAAAUCUUGUUGUCAAAGAAGACGGUGAUGAUGACCUGGAAAACUCCUUGUGGCAAAGUUUUGAUUAUCCGUGUGAUACACUCCUGCCUGGGAUGAAGAUGGGGAAGGAUUUAAUAACAGGCUUUGAUCGGUACUUGUCAUCAUGGAAGUCACCUGAUGAUCCAUCUAGAGGUAACUUCACUUUUAGAAAUGAUCCUAGUGGACAUCCUGAGCAAAUUCUGACAGAGAAUUCAAUUGUGCGGUAUCGGUCUGGACCCUGGAAUGGUCUACGUUUCAGUGGGGUCCCUCAAUUACGGCCAAACACUCUAUACAAAUUUGAGUUUGUUUUCAAUGACAAGCAAAUAUAUUACAGAUACCAGCUUCUUAACAACUCGAUUCUUUCAAGGCUAGUGCUAACUCAAAAUGGCAAUUUCCAGCGUUUUACCUGGAACGAUCAAACAGAUGUUUGGGCGUUUUAUCUGGCACUAUUUGAUGAUUAUUGUAGCCGAUAUGCAUUGUGCGGUGCAUAUGGGAGCUGUGAUAUUACCAGCUCCCCUGUAUGUGGUUGCUUGAAAGGGUUUCUACCAAAAGUUCCAAAAGAUUGGGACAUGAUGGAUUGGUCAGAUGGUUGUGCUAGAAGGACUGCAUUAAAUUGCUCAGGAGAUGGAUUUCAAAAGUACUCUGGUGUAAAGUUGCCAGAUAUAAGAAAAUCCUGGCUUAACAAGAACAUGAAUCUUGACGAGUGCAAGAGCAUGUGUAUGAAGAACUGCUCAUGUACAGCUUAUGCAAAUUUGGACAUCAGGGAAGGAGGAAGUGGCUGCUUGCUCUGGUUCAGUGAGCUGAUUGAUAUGAGACAAUUGAAUGAAAAUGGGCAAGACAUUUAUAUAAGGAUGGCUGCAUCAGAACUAGAUCAUGAUGUUGAUGUGAGGAUUGACUCCAAAUCCAAUAAAACAAAACGAAUGAGGAUCAUAGUAAUCUCUGUGGUAACUACAGGAGUGCUGCUACUUGGUCUAGUCAUGGUCUUGUUUUUAUGGAAAAAGAAGCAGAAGAAAGGCAGUAUUCUCAAAAGAAGUGCAGACGAUAGCUGCAAGAAGGAAUAUCCAGAACUUCAGCUGUUUGAUUUUGGUACAAUUUCUUGCAGCACCAACAACUUCUCUCAUGCCAAUAAACUAGGACAAGGGGGUUUCGGACCUGUUUAUAAGGGACUACUGAAAGAUGGACAAGAAAUAGCAGUGAAGAGGCUCUCGAAGAGUUCUAGACAAGGACUCGAUGAGUUCAAGAAUGAAGUCAUACAUAUUGCAAAACUUCAACACAGGAAUCUAGUUAAGCUUCUGGGAUGCUGCAUUCAAGCAGAUGAGAGGAUGUUGGUUUACGAGUUUAUGCCUAAAAAAAGCUUAGACUUCCUUCUUUUUGAUCGAACACAGAGCACACUUCUAGACUGGCCAAAGCGGUAUCACAUUAUCAAUGGGAUUGCCCGUGGACUUCUUUACCUUCACCAAGAUUCAAGACUAAGAAUAAUUCACAGAGAUCUGAAGGCAAGCAAUAUCUUAUUAGAUAACAACAUGAAUCCAAAAAUUUCAGACUUUGGCCUUGCUAGAAGUUUUGGAGAAAACCAAACUGAAGACAACACAAAGAGGGUGGUGGGAACAUAUGGCUACAUGUCACCAGAGUAUGCAAUUGAUGGGCUCUACUCAAUAAAAUCAGACGUGUUCAGCUUUGGUGUAUUGGUGAUAGAGAUAGUGAGUGGGAGCAGGAAUAGAGGAUUCUAUCAUCCAGACCAUAACCUCAACCUUCUUGGCCAUGCAUGGGGACUAUUUACAGAAGGCAGGUCUUGUGAACUAAGUACUGAACCAAUAGAAGAAUCAUGCAAUUUACCUGAAGUUCUACGGUCAAUUCAUGUGGGUCUAUUAUGCGUGCAAUGCCAUCCAAACGACAGGCCAAGCAUGUUAUCUGUGGUUUUAAUGUUGUGUGGUGAAGCUAAAUUGCCUCAGCCAAAACAACCAGGAUUUUUUACUGACAGGGCUUUGGUUGAAGCGAAUUCUUCAUCGAGAAAGAACACAUCAUGUUCAGUCAAUGAUUCCACGAUAACCCUUUUAGAGGCAAGAUAGAAUUUUUAUUUUUCCCCGAUAUAUUUCUUGCUAUGCUCAUAGAAACUAUAGUGCUUCUCAGUAUAAUUCGUAUACGUGCGAAAAUGAAAGUUUAAGAAUCUUGUUGUAUACUGGACUUGAAAAAAGCAUUGAAAGCAGCUGAAUUGGAGUAAACAUAAAUGACUUGCGCAUGGUACAUGUAAUAGAAGCAGAAACACAGAAACCAUAUGCCAGUACUGGAUGAAAUCUAAGGAAAUAGAGAGCAUGGAGUUGUUAACUA